AUGCGCUCAACAACACCAGAAGCGAAGCAUAUGUCUCAAGGAAAAGAAAGUCUCGUCUCGACCGACACGAUGCAACUCGCCAGCCCCCCAAGUCUGCCUGCCGCUGAGGAUUCGAUCAACCUCAUAUCCCAGGAUAUGAGAACUCUGGUUAGAAAGAUACAAGAUUUGCGUCACCUGGGGAUCGAGGACAACAAGAUUGCGCUGCCGAAAAUCUGUGUAGUUGGAGACCAAAGCACCGGCAAAAGCUCGCUGAUCGAGGGUAUGAGUGAGAUCAGGGUCCCUCGCAGCGCCGGAACUUGUACCAGAUGCCCGAUGGAAAUCAACCUGUCGCAUUCCGACCCCUCCCAACCGUGGACGUGCAAAGUCUAUCUUUCGCGGAAAUACAUCUUUGACGGCAGUCGGAAGAUCAAAAUCUCGAAAAAGUUUCAGCUCGGCCCCUGGAUUGAACAGGACCAGGAAGAUGAGCUUUUUCUGAUACUCUCUGACAAGGACGAUGUCCAAGAAGCGGUGAAAUGGGCGCAACUUGCAAUCCUCAAUCCUGGCAGACCACCAGCGGACUACGUACCCGGGCAGAAUGCAGGGACUGAUGGCUCGCAUUACCAAGUCAAAUUCUCUCCGAAUGUGGUCCGUCUUGAUAUUUCCGCCCCGGACUUCCCCAAUCUUUCUUUCUACGAUCUUCCCGGUGUCAUCAGUCAGGCAGAAUUUGACGAGGAAAGAUAUUUGGUUGCUCUCGUUGAGAACCUAGUCAAGGAAUAUAUCUCGCAGGAGAAUUGCAUUGUGCUUCUGGCGUUGCCAAUGACGGAUGACGCGACCAACUCCAGUGCGGCUCGCAUAAUUGGGGACGUCCGCGGAGCGAAGUCGAGAACCCUGGGCGUCUUGACGAAACCCGACCGAAUCCAGCUGUGCGAGUAUACUCAAUGGAUGGAGAUACUUGAGGGCGACAAGUUCUCACUUGGCCAUGGAUACUUCGUCGUUCGCAACAACAAAGACCCCUCCAUCGAGCAUUCUGUUGCUCGCGAGGAGGAAGCUGAGUUUUUCGAUUCGAGUCCUUGGAGUACUGAACUGUCGGCAUACCAUGACAGAUUUGGUACCCGGCGUCUCCAGGCCGCUCUCUCUAAUCUUUUACUUGACCAAAUUCAAGGGUGCCUUCCUCGAAUCAUUGAACAAAUCGACGAAAAAGCGAACCGCAUUGAACACGAAUUGCAGGAGUUGCCCAGUCCUCCAUCAAAUAAUGUACCUUACAUACUCUGCGGGAAGUUGAACCAUCUCAAGGAGCAGAUUCGGGCACAUAUUGAGGGCGGUUCUGGGCAGUAUCCUCUCCCAAAGAUCUGGCUACAUAUAGCAAUGGACUUCAAGAGAGCGUUGGUCAAGGCCCGGCCUACGGUUCAGCUCCUAUCUCCAGCUGAUUCCACGGUUAUGGCAAUGAAUCGUGAGGGAGACGAUUCAGAUUGUGAGAUGACUACCGUUCAGCCUUCGCUGAAGCGUGAUGCCUCGGGUGCCCAAACGGCUGGCCCACAAACUCCAAACGAGAUUCCUGCACGUAAAGCUACGGGGUACUCUACCCCACAUUUCGAUGCUUUCGACCGUCCGGCGAGGAUGUUCACCUGGGAAGAGAUCAGGGAAAUUAACGAGGACUCCUAUCGUGCCGGAAUACCAGACCAGACCGAUCCUAAAGCUAUCGAAAUCAUGAACCAGUUAAGUGUGGAACAUUGGCACAAGCCUAUGACUGCCUUUCUCAACGCGACUCAUCGACUCGUUAGAGAAAUGUUGAUUCGACAGCUUGAAACUGUGUUCUCCCAAUACCAUCGUACAAGCCUCUUCCGCGAACUCACCCGCAUCAUCGACGAUUACUUGCAGAGACUCAAGCAAGAGCAUUUCCAGCACGCCUUUGAGAACUUCAACAUCGAGAAGCACAAACCCUUCAGCAUGUCUCAAUUUGCGCUCGAACGUGCGAGAAUGAGUGCAUUUUCAUACCUGAGUUCUCGGCGUCAUCUGGAACGCGCCCACAAGUACCUGGACAUGCAGGAUAGACUUCCUCGAGAGGACCCGCGGCGGGAUGCUGAGAUCAGAAAACUCACGGAGGCCGAUUUGGGUAUCGACAUGUUCAUUCAAGAGGUUAAGAUGAUGGCCACCACUCGCGGAUACUAUGAAGUUGCGAGCUCUCGUUUUGUGGAUUCAAUCUGCCAGAGCGUGUACACCAAGCUCUUUUUUAAAUGCCGCGAAGAAUUGAUCGAUGUUAUUGAACAGGAGCUUCAAAUCUAUGAUGAAAAUGCCGUCGAGCGUUGUAUGGAACUCAUGACCGAAGAUCCUGAACGUCAGCGCCGUCGCCAGUACCUUCUCAGAGAGAAGGAAAAGAUCUCGAAGGCGCAGGGAUGGUUAUCCACUGCUAAAAAAGAAGAGGAGCCUAUGGUAAAUACCGAGACGACGUUUCCGACUCGUAUUAAAUCUGAAGAUUGGGCCGGUUUCUCUAACAUCCGCGCUGGUGCUGGUUAG